GUUAGUCUUUAAGGUGCCACAGGACUCUCUGUUGCUUUUUACAGACAAUUGAUAGUGUUCCAAGAGGAGCCACAGGAAUGGGUGAAAACCGGGAGGAGGGCUGAGCGUUGUCUUUCUCUUAGCAUCUAGCCCUUUCCUCUUUACAAACAUUCAUUAAUUAAGCCUCUCUGAGAAGUAGGUCAGCACCAGUAUCCCCAUCUGACAGAAGUGGUGGAUCCCCCUAUCGCUUAUAACUGGACUGUACAAAGCAUCGAGUGACUCUAUAGGGAGUGCCCUGGGCUGGCUUGGGAAUGAGCUAGGACCCAGUUGGUCUUUUCCAUCACUAGUCUAUGUGUCGCAGUGUCUCUUGUUGCAGUGACACAGAAAAGUGGUGACAGAAUGGAGCCGUAGCGAUUCCUUUAAAACACAGAUGCUUGAUGAAUGAAUAAAUCUCAGAGCAGUAUCUCAGCUUGGUGGCCCAUGGAGGUAAAAGCUGGUAGACGUUCCAAGACAGUUCUAUUCCUGUUGCCUCCUUGGCACUUGAGACAGUGGUAGGAGUUAAAUGACCAUGAGACGGGCCAUGUGCCCUUCAGUUAGGUUCAGAAACGGAAAUGAUAAAUGGUUGUCUCCCUACCUGAAAGGGGGCUAGUUUGUGGUAGAAACAACCAGCUAAAAUGGAGGCAACUAGAAAAAGAAUGACAGAAAUGCUUGUAUGGAAAUAGUUCCUUAUAUAAAGGGUUAAAACGUCAAUCUUAUUAUUGUCUUAAGGUGCUAGAACUUAGCCGUCUCCGGCCUCCGCAGUAUAAGCCCAGUUGCUCAGUCUGAUAAGCAAUCAGCUUUGUCAGCCCAGCACGGCAGGGAAUCAGCACAUGAAGCACUGAAGCAGCUUGUGCCCAUGGAGGCUGAAGGUGGGGUGCUUUUGAUCGCCUCUUUACGAGUAUAGGGAGCUUUUCUUAGCACGCGCCCAAUGGAAGCAUUACCAUGAAAUCAAAGCUGUCAACCCUCAGGCUGUCAUUUUGGGGAUCUCUGAUGUGAAGUACCAGGUACCAUGAGGCAACUGGGGAAGAGGCGCGCAAGCCUCUCUGCCAGUCUGAAAAUCGGGAACCACCGUGGGUGUUGUCAGACACCAGAGGAAGAAGAGGUCUACUUCCCGUUUGCACAAGACAGUGUGGUGAAGCAGUGGAGCUCCAUGCACAAUGUGACUGAGAGGAGCCAGGAGAAAAGCCAGGAUCCUCCCCGACAGAGCAGAUGCCUCCUCAACAUCAACGUUGGGGGCAAAUCUUUCCAGAUUCCUUACAAAAUGGCUGCCCGUUACCCCAUCACCAGAAUCGGGAAGCUGGCCAUCUCCACGGACCCCAUGAAGAAGCUGAAACUUUGUGAUGACUACUCGUUGCGGAGGAAUGAGUACUUCUUCGACCGAGACCCUUUAAUCUUCCAUUACAUCUUCCACUUUUACCGCAGCGGGGUCCUGUGGAUCAUGGAUGAGCUGUGCCCCACUAACUUUGUGGAGGAAAUUGAGUACUGGGGUAUCCACCUGAAAUAUUCCCAGCGGUGCUGCCGGAUCCUGUUUGAGGAGAAGCAAGAUGAGCUCAAAGAGUGCCUGAAAAUACAGCGGGAGCUGGAGGCAGAGCUAGAGCCCAUGGAGCGGGAGGAGAACUUUGAGGGAAAGUGUCUGGGGGAGUUCCGAAAGGCUGUCUGGAACCUCAUUGAAAAACCCUACUCCUCCACCCCUGCUAAGAUCAUCGCCGUCAUGUCCAGCUUCUUUGUGCUGAUCUCCAUUGUAGGCAUGACGCUCAGCACAGUGGAGGAGAUGCAGCUCAAGACUGGGAAGGCAUUCAUGGAGCAGCUGGAGACCAUCUGUGCCGUCUUCUUCACCUCCGAGUACCUCAUGCGGCUUAUAUCCACAGCCACCUUUCCGAAGUUUCUGCGGGCAGCGUUCAAUGCUAUUGACCUGGUGGCCAUCCUGCCCUUCUACAUCCAGAUUCUCUUUGAGCACCUGGAUGAAGGGGAUGCACUUUACCACGAGGAGCGUCACAAAAUGGAGAGUGUGGGCAAGCUGGGGAAAGUCCUGAAACUCAUCAAACUCAUGCGGAUUUUUCGCAUCCUCAAGCUGGCACGUCACUCCACUGGCCUGAGGGCCUUCGGCUUCACCAUGCGCCAGUGCUACCAGCAGGUGUGCUGCCUCCUCCUCUUCAUUGCGCUGGGCGUUUUCACUUUCUCGGCUUUGAUGCACUCUGUGGAACAUGAUGUCCCCGGCACCAACUUCACCAGCAUCCCUGAUGCCUGGUGGUGGGCAGCGGUCAGUCUGUCCACAGUGGGCUAUGGAGACACCGUGCCUGACACGGUGCUGGGCAGGAUGGUGGCGUUCGGGUGCAUCUCCUUUGGCAUCAUUCUCAACGGGAUGCCCAUCUCCAUCCUCUACAACAAGUUCUCCGAUUACUACAGCAAGCUGAAAGCCCAUGAGAACGAGACCAGCCUCACACUCAGGUUCACCAAGAAGAUUCGCUUUAAGGAGCGAGCCCUGAAGAAGCUGGCUGAGUGCUGCAGUGGGGAUGCCCACGUCCACGGCUGAAUGGGCCACCCCGUGGGUCAUGUGACCGGGUUACUCUGAGCACCCACCAGGCCACCUGACCUCCCACCCAGACAUCUCCCCCACCAGCAGGGCCAUCCAACAUGGCUACCCCACCCACCACCCAGCCCGCCUGACCUGGGUAACAGAGCUCCCAACCUGACUACCCGACUUCCCCCCAUCAACUUAGUCACCGGACCUCCCAGCCUGGCUACCCCACCUCCACCCUACACACACACACCCAGCUAGACAUGGAUACUCCACCCUACAACUCGGCCAUCCAUCUGGCUAUUCUAGACACUCAGCCCCCUUGCCCAAGUAGGCUUCCUGGAAUUGCCCACCUACUUCCUGGGCCUGGCCCCUGCACCUCCAGGUAACAUGCACAUUCGCUGUGAGGGAGACCCAGGGCCGGCGUUAGCAUUUAGGCAGCCUAGGCAAUCGCCUAGGGCGCCAGAAUAAUUGGUGGGUGCUGUUUUG